CAUGUGUGCGUGCCCGCGCGUUGGCCGGCUCGCGCGCCCCCUCGGGCUGUUGCAACUGCCAGGCGUAGUUUCCUCGAGGCGGGCGGAGCUGCCGUGUGUGUCCCGCGGUAAACAGCUGGUUGGAGGCGGCGCCGGGCUGCUUCCCUCCUCCUCCUCCUCCUCCGCUGGGACUCCCCCAACUUGGUUCGACUUUAUGAUUGGGUGGAAAAUGGCGCUGCGCGUAUGGAAAUCCUAAUGACAGUCUCCAAAUUCGCCUCCAUCUGUACCAUGGGCGCUAAUGCCUCAGCUUUGGAGAAAGAGAUUGGUCCAGAACAGUUUCCAGUCAAUGAGCACUAUUUUGGCUUAGUAAAUUUUGGAAAUACCUGCUACUGCAAUUCAGUUCUUCAGGCACUUUAUUUCUGUCGUCCCUUUCGAGAGAAAGUCUUGGCGUACAAGAGUCAGCCUAGAAAGAAAGAGAAUCUGCUUACCUGCUUAGCUGACCUCUUCCACAGCAUAGCCACUCAGAAGAAAAAAGUUGGAGUGAUACCUCCUAAAAAGUUCAUAACGAGAUUGCGAAAAGAUAACGAGCUUUUUGACAACUACAUGCAGCAAGAUGCACAUGAGUUCUUGAACUAUCUGCUGAAUACUAUUGCUGACAUUUUGCAAGAAGAGAGAAAACAGGAGAAACAAAAUGGUCGUCUCCCUAAUGGCAACAUUGACUGCGAAAACAAUAACUGUCCCCCAGACCCAACGUGGGUUCAUGAAAUCUUUCAGGGAACACUAACAAAUGAAACAAGAUGUCUCACUUGUGAAACAAUAAGCAGCAAAGAUGAAGAUUUUAUAGAUCUCUCUGUUGACGUGGAACAAAAUACUUCAAUUACUCACUGUUUAAGGGGUUUCAGCAAUACAGAAACCCUGUGCAGUGAAUAUAAAUAUUAUUGUGAAGAAUGUCGCAGUAAACAGGAAGCACAUAAAAGAAUGAAAGUGAAAAAACUACCAAUGAUUCUAGCUCUCCAUCUGAAGAGAUUUAAAUACAUGGAUCAGCUACAUCGAUACACAAAACUGUCCUACAGGGUAGUAUUUCCCUUAGAGCUUCGAUUAUUUAAUACAUCGGGGGAUGCCACUAAUCCUGACAGAAUGUAUGAUCUUGUGGCUGUAGUAGUUCACUGUGGAAGUGGACCUAAUAGAGGACACUACAUUGCAAUAGUGAAGAGUCAUGACUUCUGGUUACUCUUUGACGAUGAUAUUGUAGAGAAAAUAGAUGCACAAGCUAUUGAAGAAUUCUACGGGUUGACAACUGACUCUUCUAAAAACUCUGAGUCUGGUUAUAUCCUCUUCUAUCAGUCUCGGGACUGAAUGGGAUCUGUGGUGAAGAGUGAUUUCCUGCCUGGCUUCUUUUCUGGCUGUUGUGGAGAGGAGAAAGCACCGGUUCUUUUCUUCUUUAUUUCAAAGGAAUGCAGGGAGUCAAAAGGGGUGGUAGCACAAUUUGCACAGAACAAAGGAAAGAUUUCAGAGAGGCUCUUCAUAUCAUGGUCAUUUAAUUUGCUCAGGUUUUAUGGCAACAAGCGUGAUCCACCACAAUUGCCCAGUGGGAACAAACGACAGCCACUUCUGUAAGGUUUUGCCCUCGAGCAGCUGAACUGUAUCUAGAGGAUUGGAUCCAAAGUCCAAGUCAGUGGAAACACUUUCAUAAUCUGCAGUAUAAUUUAAAAUUCUGGCCAGUGUUGCACUGAAAGCAAGUGCAACAGAAGCAAUAUGAAUCUGACAUACCAAGUCUCAUGCUUAUUUUUUAUUAUGAGAAGUACAAAUUAUUUGGGGGGUUCUUUUGCAUGUACUUGGUUCUAAAAAUAUAAUUUCUUCCUGAUUUUCUUGCAUGCCUAAUUUAGCCUAACAUUUGCCUUCCUGGCCACAAUAAAUUAAUAAAAAAUUGAUAUUUAAACUACAAUCACGAAGGCAAGUAUGUUUUGCUUCCUUUAAGAAGCUUGCAUUACAGUAAUAUGUACCUCUAUAAUUGGGAGCAGUGUGGGCUUUUAAGCCUCCUAUGGGGAAGAUCUAUAGCUUAUUUUUAUUUAUGCAUUAUUGUAACUUCUGGAGAUUGUAUAUUUUGUACUCUCCUCACUUCCAACAAGUUUUGGAACCUAGUUUUGUACAUUAGCUGGUAUCAAAUUUAAAUCUUAUUUCAUUGUUCAUUUGAUAAUUCUUUCAGCUCUUAAUAAGAUACCUUCAGAAUCUGGGACAAAGGUCAUUUUUGUCUCUUCUACAAUUAACUGGUGUGUUUGACUGUACUGACCUAGUUCAUUUUGAAAGUCUGAAGUGGAAACUUUUUUCCAGAGACUAUAAAAAGAUGACUUGUUUUGUCACAAUUUGAUGUUGGGGCAUCAGGGGUGAGCCAGCUAUUUUCUUUUCUAAAGACUUUGACAGUAAGCCAGAAUUGCACGCCCUUAAGUUUCAGUAGAACUGUGGAGGUGGAGGUGGUUUAAUUGGAUUAACUGGAGCAUUGGCAUUAAGAAUGAACCAACAGGCUAUUCUGAAGGUAUUUUACAAUGUUCAGUCUGUAGUUAGGGGAGAAAUGACCAUCUCACGUCUUCCUUCCUGGAUUAUUUCAUUCAAAAUGGGGGAAUGGUUGGAAGACUCCUCACAGUCCUGUGACAGCUCUGCCACUUAAAUUCUAAAUGUUGGUGAAAUUGCCUCUGAGAUUUGAUUGGUUUAUGGCAGAAGAAGUGAUAAUGGAGCUCAGCUCUGAUGAUGGCUCCCUCCAUUACUAUGUUGGCUGAUUUUGUCUGAAUAUAACUUCUCGGGUGGGAAAAGGCUGAGCAUACAUUCCCAAUGAGCAAUCAUGCCUGCUAACUUGGCAUCCUUUUUCAGAAUGUGGUGUUUUUCCCUUGUACUUCUUGUUUGGCUUAAAAUGUUUUUUUUUUAAGUUUUCAGUUUGCUGCUGUAGUUAAAUGCAUUUACUUUACAUAUCUGUUAGCUCAGGAAAAUGACUUUCACCUCUUCAUGUAACUGAAUAGAAUUUUAAACAGGGUCACUAAGUGAGCUAUUUAACAAAUGUGAAAAGGUCAUAUCAAAUUGUAAAGAUUUUUUUUAUAUAUAAAAUGUUUUGAAGUUUUGUCUCGAA